AUUUCCAACUUCCCGUCAUCCCUGCUCCCAACAUCAUGGGGCCCUAGUGCUGCUCAACUUGAGGUGUUGUGGGACGUAAACGGUGCCUGUCUUGUGCCUAGGGUUGGCACUAUUUGUCGUGUUCUGGGUGAGCACCUUCAUUGGGGAUCCUGAAGUAGGCCUUGCAGGGAGUGGCCCAGCUGUAUAUCCAGCAGUGGCCCAUGAGGUCCUUGAGAGGAAGCCCCAAGGACGCUUCUUCCUAUUCCUGACCGCCUCACCAGCCUGACAUAUGGUGGUUAGUCACAUGAUAUCUGUUUAACAACUUCAAGAACUGUUAAGAACUCCAAGCCUGGGUCAUUACUGGAAAAAUAAAAACAGUCUGGGCAGCUCAGCUGAGGGUACAGGGAACUGCUGAAGAUCACUCACAGGAGGGGUCGUAUCGCCCUGUAGGGGGCAUUUUGGAAAUUUAUGUUUGGAGGGGAUCCUAUUGUUAUUGUAGUUGGCCCAGGCAGAAUACUAGACAUCCUAAAAUGCUCAGGACCUGCUAAAAUGUUUGAAUGGCUGGUGAUCAUGUAUAUGAAAAGUCUGUUUAAGCCUAGGAGUAGUUUUAACAUGUAAAAAUAAUUAAUUUUUGUACAUUUUGGAAAAAGACUCAGCUUGCCAGGAAUGGGUUUCCAUGUAAAUUAGAACAAAUUCAUUUUGCUCAGCACUUUACCAAGAGUUUGUCCUCCAUUUUGGAAAAUCAGAUUACCAGUGUAAACACUGCUUGUGAUGACAAAGCACUAGCAUCAGCUGGCAUUGUAGCUGUUGUAUCCACAGCGAUUCUGCAUAUGGAUGUGGGGAUUGGACUACUUCAUUAUCUUCUGUUUAAUUGUGCCAAAUUUCAUAUAAUAAAAUACAUGUUAUUGUAAAUUACUUUUGUUUCUACAUUACAGUGAGGACAUUAUAUGGUGUUGUGGCUGUUGUUGUCAUGUAGUUCAAGGGGGCUUGGUCUAAAAAGGUUAAGAACUAUGGAUCUGGGUGGUGCCUGUGGCUCAGUGAGUAGGGUGCCAGCCCCAUAUGCCCAGGGUGGCGGGUUCAAACCCAGCCCCGGCCAAACUGCAACAAAAAAAUAGCCGGGCGUUGUGGUGGGCGCCUGUAGUCCCAGGUACUCGGGAGGCUGAGGCAAGAGAAUCGCGUAAGCCCAAGAGUUAGAGGUUGCUGUGAGCCGUGUGAUGCCAUGGCACUCUACCCGAGGGCAGUACAGUGAGACUCUGUCUCUACAAAAAAAAAAACAAAACUAUGGAUCUAAUAGCAAUAGUUGAAUGUUGGUGGUGGGAGAGAGGGGAUACAGCCUGCAAAAUUUCCCCAGGUUGUUUUAACGGGUGUCCUCCCCACCCUUCCUAUCCUGCUUUCCAGAACUGGUCUAGAAGCAGGGAAUCUGGAUGAAGAUUCUUGGGGGAGGAGUCCAGAACUUGGUUUUCCAGUUAAUGGCUGAUGGAAUUUGCACAAGAGCUGGGCAAAGAGCAACCAAGACAAGACAAAAGGCAGGGCAGCAUGAGCCGAUCACUCCCCCAUCCCAUACAACUCCGAUCGGUGGGCUCCAGGGAUGUUCUGGCUCCCCUGCAGCUGCCUGCUCCUCAGAGUACCUCCUACUCUUGGGCCUCUCUUUGUGGGCCUCCACCCUGGGGCCUCAGCUGUCUUCUGGCUCUGCAGCAUAUCUUGGUCCUGGCUUGUCUGCUCUGUGCCUCCCAUCUGCUCCUGCUUCACAGUCUCGCCCCAGGAGGAAUCUCUUACUCCCCUUCUCAGCUUCUGGCUUCCAGCUUCUUCUCAUGUGGUGUGUCUACUGUCCUGCAAACUUGGAUGGGCAGCAGGUUGCCUCUUGUCCAAGCUCCAUCCUUAGAGUUCCUUAUUCCUGCUCUGGUGUUGACCAACCAAAAGCUGCCUCUGGCCAUAGAGACACCUGGAAACUGUGAGCACAGAACAAGGGCAAGGGCCUCCCUCUUGCUGCACCUGUGUAGGGGGCCUGGUUGCCAUGACCUGGAGCUCUGGAACACUUCUCUUCGAGAGGUGUCCGGGGCAGUGGUGGUGUCUGGGCUGCUGCAGGGCGCACUGGGGUUGCUGGGGAGUCCGGGCUGCUUGUUCCCCCACUGUGGGCCCCUGGUGCUGGCCCCCAGCCUUGUUGUGGCAGGGAUGUCUGCCUACAGGGAGGUGGCCCAGUUUUGCUCCACCCACUGGGUCCUGGCCCUGAUGGUUAUCCUGCUCAUGGUGGUCUGUUCUCAGCAUCUGGGCUCCUGCCACUUACCCCGGUGCCCCUGGAAGCCAGCUUUGACCUCUUCGACUCACAUUCACUUUCCUACCUUCCGGCUACUCUCGGUGCUGAUCCCUGUGGCCAGUGUAUGGAUUGCCUCUGCCCUUCUGGGUCUUACCGCUAUACCCUUGGAGCUGUCUGCCCCAACCAAGGCACCGUGGUUUUGGCUGCCUCACCCAGGUGAGUGGGACUGGCCCUUGCUGACACCCAGGGCUCUGGCUGCAGGCAUCUCCAUGGCCUUGGCAGCUUCCACCAGCUCUCUGGGCUGCUAUGCCCUGUGUGGCCAGCUGUUGCACUUACCUCCUCCUCCACCACAUGCCUGCAGUCGAGGGCUGAGCCUGGAGGGGCUGGGCAGUGUGCUGGCUGGGCUUCUGGGCAGCCCCAUGGGCACUGCAUCCAGCUUUCCUAAUGUGGGCACAGUGAGUCUUAUCCAGGCUGGAUCUCGGCGAGUGGCCCACUUAGUGGGGUUACUCUGUGUGGGGCUUGGGCUCUCCCCCAGACUGGCUCAGCUCCUCACCACCAUCCCGCAACCUGUGCUUGGUGGGGUACUGGGGGUGACCCAGGCAGUGGUUCUGUCCACUGGAUUCUCCAGCUUCCACUUGGCUGACAUUGACUCUGGGCGGAAUGUCUUCAUUGUGGGCUUCUCCAUCUUCAUGGCCCUGCUGCUACCAAGAUGGUUUCGGGAAGCCCCAGUUCUACUCAGCACAGGCUGGAGCCCCUUGGAUGUGUUACUGCACUCGCUGCUGACAGAGCCCAUCUUCCUGGCUGGACUUUUGGGCUUCCUCCUAGAGAACACCAUUCCUGGCACACUGUUUGAGCGAGGCCUGGGUCAAGGGCUGCCAUCGCCUUUCACUGCCCAAGAGGCUCAGGUGCUGCAAAAGUCCAGGGAGAAGGCUGCUCAAGAGUACGAGCUUCCCUUCCCUAUCCAAAAUCUGUGUCCCUGCAUCCCCCAGCUUCUCCGUUGCCUCUGCCCGCUGCCUGAAGACCAUGCGGAUGAGGAAGGAGGGUCCUCUGAGCCAGGAGAGAUGUCAGAUUUGCUGCCUGGCUCUAGGGAACCAUGCCCUGAAUCUAGCAGAGAAGGGCUUAGGUCCCAAUAAUUACUAGGACUCCUUUUUCUGCUCUGGUUAGUUUAGUCUAAUUCCUAGCUUGCUGGAGUUACCUCCCAGGCUCUACUUGCCUUUAGGGAGAGGGUGUAUGAGUGUGUGUGUCUAACAUGAGUCCACAUAGAAUGCCCAUUUCCCCAACACGGUGUAUUACCUUUCCUUCUCUUAAUUCGGCCUGUUUCAGAGCAAAGGACAUGGACUGUGAAUAAA